GGUUGAGAAUAGAAAAAAAAAAACAUUUGUUAGCUGAGGUAGCUAGGUUAGAUAUCUGAAAUAUAUAUAGAUAUAGAUAUAGGUAUAGAUAUAUCCAUAUAUACUCGGUUUAGGACCAUUUAGCAAUUUAAGUUAGUGUCGCUGGGUAGGAUAAUUUUCCACAAAACACUUACACUGGAGCAGCGAAAGGUAAGAAGAGUAAAGCAUUACCGAAGAGGCACCAUCAAGCAGUUACACCGUUAUUGACAGUGACAUGAUGACUAAGGACCCGUCCGCUCUGAAAGAGGAGGGCAAUAAGCUGUUUAAAAGGGGCGACCUGGAGGGAGCGCUCAGCUGCUACACCAGCGCGCUCGAGCUCAGCGCGUGUCAGGAUCAAAGCGCCGUCCUGUAUCGCAACCGUUCCGCGUGCUAUCUCAAACUCCAGGACUAUUCCAAGGCAGAGGCCGAUGCUACGAGAGUUUCUUUAGCUCUUGAAACCGAUCCAGGUGAUAUUAAGGCGAGGUUCCGCCGGGCCCAGGCUUUGCAUAUGCUUGGGAAGCUGGAUCAGUCCUUUCUGGAUGCCCAAAAAUGUGCCCAGUUGGAGCCCAAGAAUAAGGCUUUUCAAGAGCUGCUCGGGCAACUAAGUGCCCAGAUCCAACAGAAGGCUGUGCAGCUCUCAUCCACAGACUCACGGGUUCAACAGAUGUUUGACCUCCUUUCGAACAGCUCUGCACAGGCUUCAGACAGACAGAAGGCUGCUCAGAACCUGGUGGUGCUCUCUCGUGAAGAUGCUGGGGCAGAGCAGAUCUUCAGGAAUGACGGCGUAAAGCUCCUCCAGAAACUGCUGGAGUCUCAACAGGAGGACUUUGUGCUCCCUGCCCUUCGAACUCUGGUUGGCUUGUGCACAGGACACCAGCCGAGGACCAUGGCCAUUGUCAAUGACCUGGGCAUGGACAGGUUGUGUGGGGUCAUGGGGUCAGCGACCUCGGCAGUGUCCCUCUCUGCAUGUCAUCUGCUUCAAGUGAUGUUUGAGGCUCUCACCGAGGGCAUGAAAAAGGAUGUCAGAGGGAAGGACGAGGCCUUACUGCCAGAGCCUUCUAGUGAGCUGCGUUCCAUGCUGCGGCAUCUUAUCGACAUGCUGCCUGCGUCGAGCGUGUCUGGGCCAGGCCGCGACAGUGCCAUCAACCUGCUGGUCAAACAGGUGCCCCGGAAAUCUCACAAGAAUCCUGACAACUCCCUCAGCCUGUGGGUCAUUGACCAGGGCCUUAAGAAGAUCCUGGAAGUGGCAGGAACAGUUCCUGAGGUAACAGGUGGUCCAUCGCUCACUGACAACACCCCCAUGAGCUGCUCUGUGCUGCUCAGUAAGUUAUAUGAUGAUUUGAAGAGUGACAGAGAGCGGGAGAACUUCAACAAGCUGUGUGAGGAAUACAUCCAGCACCACUUUGGGAGCUCAGGCUUGGAGAGCAAGCUGCGUGCGAUACAGACGGUGUCGGCCCUGCUGCAGGGCCCCAGUGACGUGGGCAACCGCACCCUGGAGAUGUCAGGCAUGAUGGAGGCGGUCAUUUCUCUGUGCGCCUCUGAGAAUGUCACCCACCAGCAGGUGGCUAUAGAGACACUCAUUCAUGCUGCCGGCAAGGCCAAGAGAGCAUCUUUCAUCACGGCAAAUGGAGUGGCAUUGCUGAAGGACCUUUAUAAGAAGAGUGAAAAUGACCAGAUACGAGUGCGUGCUCUUGUGGGCUUGUGCAAACUUGGCUCGGCCGGAGGCACAGACUUCAGCAUGAAACAGUUUGCAGAGGGAUCAACUCUCAAACUCGCCAAACAGUGCAGGAAGUGGCUGUGUAAUGACUCUCUUCUCCCGAACUCUCGGCGCUGGGCUGUCGAGGGCCUGGCCUACCUCACCUUUGAUGCAGAUGUCAAGGAGGACUUGGUGGGGGAUACGAAUGCUCUUCAAGCCAUGUUUCAUCUGGCUAAGUCUGAGGAUAAGACGGUAUUGUUUGCGAUUGGAUCCACUUUGGUAAACUGCACCAACAGUUACGACGUUGAAAAGCCAGAUCCUCAGAUGGUGGAAUUGGCCAAGUACGCCAAACAACAUGUGCCAGAGGAACAUCCGAAGGACGCUCAACCUUUUGUGGAGAAGCGGCUGCUUAAACUGCUGGAGGCCGGAGUGGUGUCGGCUCUAGUGUGCAUGGUAAAACAAGAAAGUCCUGCGCUCACGGAGACAUGCAAGGAAUGCAUCGCCAGGGUGUUCCUGGCUCUGGUGGACCGACAGGAGGCCCGGGGCACAGUGGUGGCACAAGGGGGUGGAAAAGCCUUGUUACCACUGGUGUCAGAAAGCACUGAUGUGGGGAAGAUCAAAGCAGCACAGGCACUGGCAAAGAUCACCAUUACCUCGAAUCCUGAGAUUGCCUUCCCUGGAGAGAGGGUCUAUGAGGUGGUACGUCCCCUGGUCAGUCUCUUAGCCCUGGAAUGCUCUCUACUGCAGAACUUUGAGGCUCUGAUGGCCCUCACCAACCUAGCUGGCAUCAGUGAGAGAAUCAGGCAGAAGAUCAUUAAGGAGAAAGCUGUGUCUAAAGUGGAGGGCUACAUGUUUGAGGAGAAUGACCUUGUGCGGGCAGCAGCCACUGAGUGCAUGUGUAACCUGGUCUUAAGCCCUGAGGUGCAGAAGCUUUACCUGGCCACAGAUAGCGACCGCCUGAAGCUCUUGGUACUGUACAGCGGUGAGGAUGACGAGAGACUGAGGAAGGCUGCGGCAGGAACUCUGGCAGUGCUGACUGGAGAUAUGCCUGAGCUGUGCACACGGAUCCCCAGUACAACAAGUCACUGGAUGGAGAUCCUGCAGGCCCUGCUGCUGAGCGAGAGCCAGGACCUGCAGCACCGCGGUGUGGUCAUCACACUGAACCUGAUACAGGCGGAGAAGAGCCUGGCAGAGAAGCUAAUGGAGAGCGAGGCACUGGAGAUCCUCUCUGUGCUGGCUAAAGGGGGUGAGGCUAGCUAUGCUCCUGUUACCAGAGCAGCCCAGCGCUGCCUAGACCUGGCUCUGGAGUAUCGGCUAAUCAAGAGUUAUGAGGCAGAAGCCAAUGGGACGUCCGCACCAUAACUGGAAGUGUCAUCCCUACAGACAAAGCUCCCUACGUGUCUUCGAAGAAAAACGUUUGCAAUACUUUAUGAUGUAGUCUAGAAAUGUCUUUUAGAGCUGUUCCACUGUACGCGUGGAAGAAUGAAAAUAAGAAUGUGCGACUUGGCAAGAGCAGAGGCUUGACAGUCUCAGCAAUCUUCAUUUAAUAGCAGAUUUUAUUUCUAAAUUAAGUUUGGGAUGAUAUAAAACUAUGAAUUGUGGCUUUUUACAGAGAUGUUGUGUAUUUGGGGCAAUGUUGCAGUCACCAGCUUCCUACAAUGGAGUGUUUCUGAAGAACAGCACACAUGUUAAGAGACCAAAUAUUUAAUUCACUACCAUUACUUGCACUGUUUUUCACUUUGUUUAGUACUGUAUUUUGCAUUCCAGUAAAUUAUUCAAUUGAAAGCUCUA